AUGAUGCCACGGCCGCAAACGCCACCUCAUCAACCCAACGCAGGAGUAACCAUGUCGCGCGAGGAAAUGGAAGCCAUUGUGCACUCUGCAUUUCCUCAAUCCGAGCUGACCCAUGUCUCGGCCGUCUCGACAAGCGACUCGUUCAACAACCGCAUCUACUUCCUCAGUGUACAGCAGGCGGACAACACAACAGACGAGGUCGUCUUGAAGCUCAACGGCCGAUAUUUCGGGCCAGCCAAAGUCCAAAACGAAGUCGCCUGUCUGCAGCAAGUAGAAAAACACUGUCCCGAAACCCCGUCUCCCCGCGUCCUCGCCUGGUCCGAGGAUGGCCAAGCGGCCACAUUCACAACCCCCUAUACAAGUCAAACCGACGACAUAAGACCAGCGCGGCAAAAUCACACCCACAACCACGGCGGAUGGAUAAUGACAACAAAACUGCCCGGUGCCGCCGUGCCCGUGUCCGAUUUAGACAACCACUCGUGCCGACACCUAGGCCGUCAAAUGGCCGACAUGGUCGCCGACUGGCGACACAAUAUCCCCGCCCAGUCACGCUGCGGCAACCUCAAACUUUGCCGCGACGGCAAAGACAGCCCCAUCAUCCAGGGCAUCGUCAUGGACGGCCUCGAGCCGCCGGCGCCGCUGCCCACAGUAAACGCAUACCAAAGCGCCCGGCUGGCCCACAAGAUGAGAGAGCUCGCCACGACGGACACGUACGCCCCCAACAGGCACCUCCUGCCGCUUCUGCAAGACUUCAUCGACAACCACCUCCCGGACAUGACGCUGGUGCCGCCGGCGACGCAGUCCCCCCUCUUUGUCUUUACGCACUACGACCUGGCGCCGCGCAAUGUGCUGGUGUCGGGCUGGCCGCCGCACAUCACGGGCAUUGUCGACUUUGAAUUCGCGGGCUUCUUCCACCCGAUGGAGGAGUUUGUAAACGACUGCGUCGACGGCAGGGCCGACUGGCCGGCGUUGCUGUACGCGGCGUACCAGGAGCGGCUGGAGGAGCGGGGGGUCGCGACGCCAGCCGGGUCCGUGGACCGGGAGGUCUGGAACAGGAACUAUUGGCUGGAGAUGGUGGUGAGUUACGUGGCGCCGUGGUGGCUGCCGGGGGAAUAUAUGGGUCAGGGGCUGCGGGAUGAGUUGAGGAGGGCCGGGGCCGUCGUGCUGGAUGCCUUGGAGAAGGUGUUGAGGAGGCCGGGAGAGCAGAUGCCUGUUCCGGCGUACGGGGACGGGGCUGGGGACUUGGGCGUUGAAGAUUGA